GUGCGCCCUGGUAGCCGGUGAGGGAUUGGGGGAUGCCACGGAUGUCAUCCGAACUGCUGUGCAGUCAGACAUCGCCUGUCAUGCAGCAGGUGUGGCCAACCUGACAAUAUUUCAGAAGCCCAAGACCAGCCCGUUUCCUGUGCAAAGAAUCACGGGCCUUGACUCGAAACGGCGUGAUGCAGCGGGCUUGAAGCGCUUCGAGCCCUGUCCAGAAGGCUACACCUUCGUCGACGCAGACAUUGGCGGUGGCGCCUUUGCCCGCGUCUUUCUUGUGCGGAACGAGGCCACCCAGGAUCUGCAAGCCAUGAAGCGCGUCGAUCGGCAGAAGCUGGCAAAGCAUUUUCAGAUUUCCGCUGGCGAAGCUGAGCAGAUGGUCGAGCAGGAGUUCUGGCAGAUGCAGCGCACGAACCACCCCCACAUCAUCAAGCUGUUUGACUUCUUUCAAGACGAGAGAUAUGCUUACUUUGUUAUGGAGGCGGUGAAUGGUGGCACUUUGCGCCAGCUUCUGAACAACUUGAAUGCCCCGAAGGGCGAGCGGCCAAAGCUGAGUGAAGGCUUCAUUGCAGAAAUGCUGCAACAAGCCCUCUAUGCUCUGCGACACCUGCAUUAUGAGUCAAGAAUUCACAAAGACGUGAAGCUGGAAAACCUGAUGCUGCUGAGCACUUCGGGGCCCCCCCAUCUGGUCUUGAUCGAUCUUGGUGUGGCGGAGACGUUUCAGUCCUCUGCAGGGGAUUCACGGCCGAUGCCGGCUGGCACUCCGCAGACAAUGGCUCCAGAGGUGAUUGACUGCAUGCUUGGGCGAAGAAGCAGCUUCGAUGACCGCUGCGAUGUUUUCAGCUUGGGCAUUGUUGCGCACCAGCUCUUCACAGGUGAUGUGCCCUACAAGGUCGCAUACCGAGGUGGAGGAUCUUACGGCCCGGUCGACUAUGCUCAGACGCGCGCCAACAUGAACUGCGAUCUCACCGCCCAGCUGAAGUCGGCUGGCUGUUCCAGGGGAGUUAUCACCCUCGUCAGCCGCAUGCUGGAGAUGGACCCUGCGAAGCGGCCAUCCACCCUGGAAUGCCUGAGUGACGGCUGGCUGGUGCAGAAGUGCGAGAACCGCCGCCUCCGGCGCCUUCGGCUCGAGGGCCGGCACUCGCUUGGGGGCGCGGCGCUCUCCGUUGAGGAGGAGGAGGCAGCCGGUGAGGAGCUCCUGAGACUGGAAAGGCGGCGCAUCUGCAAAGCCUUGGUGCGUUUUGCCAAGCGGACGCCACUGCAGAGGGCUGUGGCGUUCCACCUGGCCUCGUACCUGCCGGUAGGUGAUCUUCGAAGAGCAGCCGAGAGCUUCAAGCGCGUUGACAAUGAGCAGAGCGGUCACCUGACCUAUGAUGAGAUUGCAAAUGCGCUGGAGGAGGUUCUCGGCAUCGAGCGUGAGCACGGCUUGCGAGUUGCAACUGCUAUGGACACGGACCAGUCUGGACGUCUAGAUUUCCAAGAGUUUUCUGCUGCUGUCGCUGUGCUCAGAGGAGAAAGGGAGCAGCGCUUGUACGACACGCUGCUGGAGAAGAUGCAAAUCGAUCCUGCGAAGGACCUAACCCUCCAGGAGGUCCACGCAGCCGUGGAAGUCGCCCUGAAAGGCCCUGUGACUCGGGAGGUGCUCGUCGAGUGGCUGACGAAGGUGGCCAAGCGUGCCCUGCCAAGGAUCGCACUGGGACCUGUACAACGCCCCAGUGGCGGAACCUGUGAAGAUCCGCAGCAGGGGAGGUGCUCUGAGGACAUGGGAUGGCACUCGCAGUAUGCAGAGGUUGUCGAGGAGAUCGGGUCCAAUCUGAAAGAUGGCGACACGGAAACCGCCUUGGCCGCUUUGAGCUCGCUGAAGGACCAGGAGCCACCUGGAAGAGACGUAGAGGUGACAAACACAAGGCCAGCGGCAUCCGGUGCUCAGCUGCUGACUGUCCCGAUCUCCAUUGCUCCCACCACUGCAACCACAGCGGCCUUGGUCGCCAAAGCCGUCACAUCUACGGAGGCUCCGCGAGAGCCACCGGAUCCAUGGAAGGAAGUCCGGAGGCAGAUGGUCACGAGGGCUGCCGAGGUCACCCGGCCAACCUGCAGGACGGCUGGUGCCAAAAAGGGCUGCGAGCGCUGCUGCAGUGAUGGCCACGCGUGGAAGGAGUGCUUCGAUGUGGAGACAUGCGCAUCGCAAGCUCCUCCUGGUGGGAAAUAUGCCUUCGUCCUGGCCCAGGUUCAGCAGCCAGGCCAAAACUGGUUGCCGUACCUCGAGAACAUGCGGGAAGAAGCGGACAGGAUCCAGCAGCAAACGACGGCGACGGUGGACAUCGUGGUUUUGAUACCAACUGCACACGUGGGCAAGCUGCGCGAGACUCAUUGGAGCCGCUUGAAGCAGUUCGGAGUCCAGGUUGUGAAAGUGCCUUGGGAACUUCCCCCUGAGCUGCAGUGGUGGCCAGACAAUUGGCACCCAGGCAAAGUGGACGGUUGGUGUGGACCGCAAGACUUGGUCCGCCUUCACACCACCGGCCUGGACUCCUUCGAUGCCGUGGCCUUCUACGACCAAGAUGUGGAGUUCCACAGUUCCGUCUCAGCUGUGUUCCGUUGCGCUUCCCUGGGCUAUUUUCUCAGCACUUCCGGCGGCGUCGGCGAGCCCCUCAACAUCGGUUUCUUUGCGCUCCGGCCGGACCGGCGACUUCUUCGGGCUGCCGAGCUCUUUGCCUGGAACAUCACCUUCGACCGCACCAGCGGCUGGGGCGGUGGAGGCUUCAAGCCUGCUGGCGGCUACUUUGUGGGGGCAGAGUGUGGUCAGGGAUAUUUCCACACGCUCUACUACCAUCGGAGUGCGAAGGCCAAGAAAGCACUGGAUGCUGCGGAAGUGCCUGCUUUCGAGCAGCCGCAGGGGCUGAAGAUGCGGCAGAUUGACCAGUGUGUUUGGAACUAUCAGACAGGGAGCCAUUGCCCCUACAAGUUCGACUGCAAUCUGGUGAAAGCUCACCACAAGCCCACCCAGAAGGAGCAUGGGCGCGAUUGUCCCAAGUUGAAGUACAGGAGCGCGACAACAACCACCACGCCAGCAACGCCCAAGGAGCCCAAGCCUUGCCAAGUGCUGCAAGUGCAGAUUGGUGCCAGCUGCAAGUGCGGAGGCGUUUUUUCCAAAUCUGUGGAGGUGUCUGGUGCCAUCCAGGACUGCGAGCGCGCAUCCUGCAAUAACAGCGGCGACCAGUUCAGCACCUUGACGUUUCCAAUCGUUGGGGCCACUCGAACCGCUGUGAGGGUGAGCUCCGGGUGUGGCUGCGAGCGUAAUCGCCAUGUUGAUCGUGCUUCUUGCAUGCCUUUUAAACACCAGUGCUCCGCCCCCGGUUCUUCUUGA